UAUGCUUAAUAUAAGAAAAUAUCGCACCAGCAAAGUGUGUCUCUCGCAUCCUGCGUAAUAUUUUAUUCAAAUGCCCGUCAAUUGACUUUGGAUACGAAAUGUCCAGGAAAUCUGUAGCAAUAAACUCUACGUUUUCCGGUGUUCGCCUCUACGACUUAAAUUAGACCAUGCUAACGCUGCUAUUCAAGGCUGCUGGAAUGCUAUAUGUAGGUAUGGCUCACGGCAGUGAUGCUAAUUAUAUUUUUGACGGCCUAUUUACUGAGAGCCAUGUCUCGGAAGCAGAUCAGAAGCAGUCGAAAUCUGUAGCCGCGUCUUUAAUCAAUUUUGCUUACACCGGUAAUCCCACAUACGCAGGUGAUAAGGGCUUCAGGUCAUGGCCGGAAUCUUUUCAGGAGAUCGAAACUGAAAAUAAAACACCAGAACUUGGGGUUUCCGGAAUUAAUUUGCAUCUUAUUGGUGGACCAUUGGGUACAGGGGCUUGUUUUUUGCGUAAAGAAACUCACACUAUUGAUUCAAGCUCGGAAAGGGGCAAAAUGCAAGUUCCCCUUGUGGCUGACGUACAUUUUGGAGAGAUAGAGUCUGCAGCUUUCCAGGAAGGGCAACGAAAGCCAGAACUCGAGAAUCUCUUUGAGCGAUGCGCAUAUAUCAAUACGCUUAAAAUACGCUUAACGAGAAACUAGGAGUGUGAUUCAAGAGCUCUGCAGUUUAGUAUCACACCGGUCCAUUCAUUCUGACACGUCUCUAAGCGAAUAUAGAGUAUAGAAGGAUCUAAGACCACGCUCGGUUUGCCC